AUGUUCUUGCCUGUCUUCGCAGCCCCUACACCACAUGACCACUCACCUCACAACCGUGCCACUCCAAGAACUACAAUCAACCUGCGUGGCUGUCCCCAGCGCCAAACCCACACCACUACUCCCGAAAAACGCAGCCUGAGCACCACUGUCCGAGCACAAAUCGAAAUUGACAUUUGCACCGUACUGAUUCGUGCCGGUCAGACCGGAUUGGCUGCAGAGUGGGUUUCCUUGUGCUGGGCAGAGGUUGUUGACCAUGACGACGAUGGUGGUGCCGGCGUUGGAGAGGGUGUUGCCGCUGCUGUCGGUUUGGCUGGUGAGGCGCCAGCAGGUUCCGCAGGCUGGACCGACGCCGAACCCGGGACCGACGCCGAAGCUAGGAGGGGGUGUUAG